UCAUUCUGCUGUGGCAACCCCUGAUGAAUAAUGGGACUAAAGGAAAAUUAAUAUAUAUGAAUAUUAAACAAAAGAAGAGAGGGGGAGCGGUGCAUGAAUCAAAAUAUGUGCAAUAUAUCACUAAACAAUAUUCUGUUGUAAAAAACAGUGCAAAAAUGUUGAAAGGUUGCAUACGUAUAAAUCAGUGGUUCUCAAACUUUUUUCAUCAAGUACCACCUCAGAAAAAAAUUGUCUCUCCAAGUACCACCAAAAUGAGUAGUAUUGAAAUACAGUAGCGUAGUAGGCCCAGUGAAGCAGCUACAACUCUGCACAUUAAAAAAAACGUGGCAGAUUAGCCUUAAAUAUAGGCUAUAUGUCAUAUAUGGCAUAUUAUAUACAUGUUUUUUAAUAAAUUUUAAAAUAUAUGUAGCAUGUACAUGACAUAUUUCAUUCCUCUGUGUACCACUAGAAGGAAGCCCGCGUACCACUAGUGGUACACAUACCACAGAUUGAGAACCACUGGUAUAAAUCAUACAGGCAGGGGCAGAUUUAACUUAUAAGCAAGGUAAGCGGCCACUUAGGGUCCCAGGAAAUCUGAGGGCCUCCAAAUAAAUACCUAGAAUUUUGUACAGUGAGGAUCCCCCGCCUUCAAUCAUGGAGCAGUCCAGCAGUCAGAUCAGUAAAGAUUUUGUUUUAAAAACGAAACUUUUCAUUUAUUAUUUUUAGUUGUGAAGUCAUCUUAAGUAAACAAUUCGCUUCAAAAGUUUUAAAAAGUGCUUUACAUGUUAUUAUUAUUAUUUAGCAUUAAGAUAAAAUGUAGAAAAUGAGAUCAAAUGAUAUAAGAAAAACAACAAUAAUAAUAAUAAAAAUUAUAGUACAAAGUGUGAAUUUUUGAACUAACGAGCUCCAUGGCUGGAAUGCUCAGGGCCCCAAAAUCACUAAAUCCACCCUUGCAGACAAUUUGCACUCAUUUGCAAUGAGUAAAAAAUAUAUCUUCGAAAUAUCUAUUUGGUUUCAUACUCUGACUUUUAUGAAAUGACACUCUUAUAUCAUUCUUAUAUCACGAUCCCAAAACUAUUGGGGGGACUACAUUUUCUGUAGUGCGGAAAUUACGUCAGUGCCUUGCGACACACAUGCGCGCGCGUACCUUAGAGGACGCCGAGCAAGGCAUGGAACACCUUGGUGCAUUUCUACUGCUGUGGACAGGAGUGUCGUGUUUACCUUUAACGGAAGGUUUCCCAAAGUGCACCGUGCUUCAGUUUGUGUGUGCGAACAGCAGAUGUGUAUCUCUGUCUUCGCGCUGUGAUGCUGUGAAUGACUGUGGAGAUGGCAGCGAUGAAAUCUCCUGCUGGAACUGCACUAAUGGCUCUUUCCACUGUGUGGCGUCAGAGAGCUGUGUUUCCUCCAGCAGUGUGUGUGAUGGCAGGCCGGACUGCGCUGAUGGAGCAGACGAACAGUUAGACACAUGCACAUCAUUUUCUCAAGCACAGCCAUGUGCACGUUCAGAGUUCACAUGCACUAAUGGACAAUGUGUGCCCAAUUCAUGGAGGUGUGACCACUCCAGUGACUGUAAAGAUGGCAGCGAUGAAGAAGACUGUGAUCACAAUGAAUGUGCGGUCAAUAACGGUGGCUGUUCACACACAUGUAUCGAUCUGCCUUUCGGCUUCAGAUGUGACUGUCCUAAAGGAAUGAGGCUGGUCCAGGACACACACUGUGAGGUUGUGGACCAGUGUCUUGACGCAGACGUGUGUGAUCAGAUUUGUGUCCAUUCCAAUGGCUCUGUUGUUUGUGACUGUCAGGAUGGAUAUCAGCUGACCGCCGGGACGGGACAGUGCAGGGCAACAGGUGGCCUUGCUCAUGUGGCGGUCAGCACUCAAGAGGGCAUUAAAAUGAUGGACCUCAGCGGCUCUGAGGAAAGAAACAUCACAGAUAAAAGACUCUCACCAGGACCUGUUUCUGCACUGAAUGCUCACAACACACUAUACUGGAGCAGUCCAGAGAAUGACAUCAUCUACAGGAUGUCCUUAGACUCCGGUGACCACAGACCAGCUGUGUGGUUGAAGGCUUCAAAAGGCAUUGUGGGAUUGGCAGUGGACUGGAUCCAUGAGAGUCUGUAUUGGAUCAGCACCAGUACUCGUGCUUUACACAUGGCCUCUCUGAAAAACACCAAGCAAAGGCUGCUUAUCUCUGGGCUCUCUAAACCUACUGCUGUUGCUGUCCAGCCACUGUUAGGGUAUGUGUUUUGGGCAGAAGGUGGGGAGUCUGCCAGAAUUGAGCGUGUCGGUUUGGACGGGGAAAGCAGAUUUGCAUUGGUAGUUUCAUUUGUACGUAACCCUGUCGCAAUCUCACUAGAUAUCCCUCGUGGGCUUCUGUACUGGGCCGACUCCGGUCUGCGCUCAAUAUCAAGGGUUUUAUUUGAUGGACAAUAUAGAAAGACGGUUGUAGAGUCCAAUGGAUACCUGGAUCAGCCAUUUGGACUGGCCAUAUUUGAGAGUCGAGUGUACUGGAGUGAUCAGUUGACCAACUCUAUUUGUAGUGCAGACAAGCACAAUGGCACCAUGCUCAGAGUGCCUCAGAGACUGGGUUCUGCUUCACCAGCUGGACUGGUCAUCCUUCACCCACUGUUACAGCCUGCAGACAAAGUUCUAUCGCCAUCAGAAAUAAAGACUUCUUCAAACAAAGAACUCUUACCAUCGGAAACAAAAACAGCACUUCCGGAUUCACAGUUCACGCUGAUGCUCACUUUGAUUGCAGUCAUCCUCAGUGUGCUGCUGUUUGGUUUGGUUCUGUGGUGGCAGAGAUCUGAAUUAUGUGCCCAUCGUUCAGUCUCUCUGCUUGGAGACGUGACGCUUAAAGAAUCCCAAGAUCCUCUUCUGUUAUCCAGUCUACCUGCAGUACAUGAACAUCAAACCCUCUCUUCAAAUUCUACACAAUGAGAAAGACACCAUUUUCCUGUGGGGAAACUGCACCCAUCCUGUGGUGGAUUUCACAGCCCACAUUUCCUGUCACGUGUGGACCAGGACACAAAAAGCACAAGCAGAAACUGAAAUUUCCUGCUUGGAUGCCCCAAACAUGCUCUUAAAUAUCUACCAAAUGCCUAUUAAUGAUCGAUUAUUGCACAGAACAACAGUCGAACUGAAUUUGCACUCAGUGUAACCUGUUUGUCUGGUAAAUAUAUAUGCUAUUGUUUGACUAUUAUUGAUAUUAUUUACUUUCUGAAUAAUUGGCGUAUGACUGUAUGUCGUGUCCUUCUAUCUAUCUCUGCACAUUGUAAAAAAUAUCUGAUUUACGUUUGUGAAUUGCAUUAUGGGAUCUUGAUCUCUGCUCUGUCCACUUUUUAUGUUGAAAAUUCAACUCUACAGUUUAACAGAGUGACUUUUUGGUGACAUUUUAGUGGUUUGAAAUAGUAUAAUGUAUACGAAAUAAUAUACAAGUCUGUAAAAUAACAAAAUUUAGUGCAGUUUAAAACAAUGUUUUUGUACUGUAAUAUACAACACACCAACCCUUACAAUAUAUUACUUUAAACUAUUAAAAAUGUUAAUAAAGGUCACUUUUUAGGUUAAGACAGAUCAAGAUCACAUAAUGCAAUUCAAACGCAUAAAUAAAUGGGGGAAAACACAAAAUUCGAAUGACAAAAUAUGGAAAACUCCUCAUUUACGGGCAUUUUAGUGUUAAUUUUCUGCCGUUAUGCAUUACACUGGACAUACAGCAGUAAAAAAAUCAGAGACAGUAUUCUGUCAAUAAUUAACAGACCACAUCGUUACUCAAUAAGUUUAUGAGUUCUGAACUUGUUUCAAGGUGUUGUCCUGUUUAGUGUAUGCUGCUGUAAUCAGUGACAAAGUGACUACUGUCCAUCACUGUUGAAUUUAUAGACGCACAAGUUGACCAAUCUGUCUUUGAAUGUGUGUAAUGUGUCCAUUGAGACCAUUUAUUUUAUUUAGAAAUUCACUGAUGCUGGAAAUGACCACAGAGGUGGUUGUGUUAUAUUUAUUAUGUGAGGACAAAAAGAAUGGCUAUUUAUUUUCCCGGAAAUCGGUUAGCUUUAAAACAGGGUUUUUAUCUUCUUUGGUACAGGUUUGGUUUAAAAGAUUGUUUUUUGAAUCAUUUUUAUGACCUGUGGCAUGGUGAUAUGUUGGACUCGAAGAAAUAAAAUAUGGGUUUUAUAAUAA